GGCCAUGACCUUUGGGGCUCUGCUGCUGCUUCUGGGGGUGCUCGGGGCACCCCUCGCCCCAGGCGCCCUCGGCUCGGAAGCCGAAGGCCGACUGCUUGAGAAACUUUUCUCGGACUAUGAUAACUCGGUGCGGCCGGCGCGGGAGGUGGGAGACCGCGUCGGGGUCAGCAUCGGCCUCACCCUGGCGCAGCUCAUCAGCCUGAACGAGAAGGAUGAAGAAAUGAGCACAAAGGUGUACUUAGACCUGGAGUGGACAGACUACAGGUUAAGCUGGGAUCCUGCAGAACAUGAUGGCAUCGACUCUCUUGGCAUCACCGCUGAAUCCGUGUGGCUCCCUGAUGUGGUGCUAAUGAACAACAAUGACGGAAAUUUUGACAUUGCUCUGGACAUUAACGUCGUGGUAUCCUCCGAGGGCUCUGUGCGCUGGCAACCCCCUGGCUUGUAUCGCAGCAGCUGCAGCAUCCAGGUCACCUACUUCCCCUUUGACUGGCAGAAUUGCACCAUGGUGUUUAGUUCCUACAGCUAUGACAGCUCUGAGGUCAGCCUGAAGACAGGCCUGGGUCCUGACGGGCAGGAGAGGCAGGAAAUCUACAUUCAUGAAGGGACCUUCAUUGAGAAUGGCCAAUGGGAGAUUAUCCACAAACCUUCUAGGUUAAUCCAACUUCCAGGGGAUCCUAGAGGAGGGAAGGAAGGACAUCGCGAGGAAGUUAUCUUCUAUCUCAUUAUUCGGCGGAAGCCCCUCUUCUACCUGGUCAACGUCAUUGCCCCGUGUGUCCUCAUCACUCUCCUGGCCAUCUUUGUCUUCUACCUCCCGCCAGAUGCAGGAGAGAAGAUGGGGCUUUCCAUCUUUGCCCUGCUGACCCUUACUGUAUUCCUGCUGCUGCUGGCAGACAAAGUGCCCGAGACCUCCCUGGCAGUCCCCAUCAUUAUCAAGUAUCUCAUGUUUACCAUGAUCCUCGUUACUUUCUCAGUCAUCCUUAGCGUUGUGGUCCUCAACUUGCACCAUCGCUCACCCCACACCCACCAAAUGCCCUUUUGGGUCCGCCAGAUCUUCAUUCACAAGCUCCCGUCAUAUCUGGGUCUGAAAAGGCCCAAACCCGAAAGAGACCAACUGCCCGAACCACACCACUCUUUUCCUCCAAGAAGUGGCUGGGACCGAGGAACUGAUGAAUAUUUCAUCCGGAAGCCUCCAAGUGAUUUUCUUUUCCCGAAAUUUAACAGGUUUCAGCCUGAAUUAUCUGCCCCGGACCUGCGACGAUUUAUCGAUGGCCCAACCCGUACUGUAGGUCUGCCUCAGGAGCUACGCGAGGUCAUUUCUUCAAUCAGCUACAUAGCCCGACAGCUGCAGGAACAGGAGGACCACGAUGCACUGAAGGAGGACUGGCAGUUUGUGGCUAUGGUUGUGGAUCGUCUUUUCCUCUGGACAUUCAUCGUCUUCACAAGCGUCGGGACCCUGGUCAUUUUCUUAGAUGCCACGUACCAUUUGCCCCCUCCUGAACCUUUUCCUUGAAGACCCGAGGAACUUGUUUACCAAGAGUGGCAGGAGAUCUGAAGAUGCAACCGCUCCUGCAAGAAUCUAGUUUCUGGGAAGGCGCUGAAGUGGGGCUAUGGCUAGGAGGCAGGUGCCUUGGACCCACUUGAAAUGCCAUUAUUUAGGAUUUCGUCUGCUGGGUUUUUUGUUUUUGUUAUUUUUGAGACAGAGUCUCACUCUGUGGUCCAGGCUAGCCAGGAACUAUGUAUCCCAGGCUGGCCUCAAACUCCCAGCAAUGUUACUUCCUUAACCUACCAAGUGUUGGGACUCCAGGCCUGGUGAGCCAGCACACAUGGGUUUGGAUUCUUGAAGCUACACUGAAUUGUAGCUUGGAUCUCUAAUGAAAUAGAAUUACAAGUCAUAAGUAAUAGAUUGUAAGCCUUUUGAGGACAGGAAAUGUGUUGGCUACUCUGAUGUCCCUAGCAAUGUACACAGGUUCUAGCCUAUGAGUGCUUAACAUUCAUUUCAUGAAGAUAGGGGGGAAAUUCUGAAAUAUAUAAAAAUACUGCCUACAAUAGAAUGUUGUGAUUAAUCAUUUUUGUCUUUUUAACUUUCUAUAAUUUAUAUAUUUUUGUAACAUUUGCCACCUUUAGAUUGAAAAGUUAUUUCUUAAAGGUCUGCAUUUGCAAUGAGGAAACAUUAAAAUCAAAACAAAACAAAAUCUUUAAAGAUCUAGGAGUGACUGGGAGGUGGUGGCACACACCUUUAAUCCCAGCACUUGGGAGGCAGAAGCAGGCAGAUCUCAGAGUCUGAGGCCAGCCUAGUCCACAGUGCAAGUUCCAGACCGGCCAAGGCUACAUAGGGAAACUUGUUUUGAAAACAAAACAAAACAAAAAGAAGAUCCAAGAGUGGUAGUGAAUGCUUGUUAUACCAGAACUUGGAAGUCAGAGGCAAGGGGAUUCAAGGCCAAAGUCUGCUACAUAGUGAAUUUAAGACCAGUCUAAAUUGAGAGAAUGAGAAGAGGGAGGGAGGGAAGGAGGGAGAGAGAGAGGGAGAGAGGUCUCAUUUUCUCAUUUAUUCAAGUCAGGCAUAGUGACUCAUACUUAGAAUCCCAGUAUUGGAAGGCUGAGGCAGGAUUGCUGUGGGUUUCACCCCGGUUAGGCUACAGAACAAGAGCCUGUCUCACACAAACAACCUUAUUCAAGUUCUAAUUUUGGCACACAUACCACUAAACCACUCAGAAUGUUUCUAUAUCUGUAAAAUGAAGCAGAAAGUAGUAUAUGCCCAUAGGGAAUUCAUAUGUCACAGCUUUGAAAUGGUGUUUUAUUUUGUAUUUUUUUUUUUGCCUGUGUUCUUGAGCUUACAAUAUUUAUUGUUUUUUUUUUUUUGGAAUAGUUGAAAUUGAAUCUAAGUCCUUGCAAACAAUAGGUAACUACUUACCAACCCUUAUUUUUCCUUCAUUUUUGAGCUCAUGGUUUUGAUAUUGUUGAGACAACUUUGAACUCUUGAUACUUUUGCCUCUUUUAAGUACUGGGAUCAUGGGCAUAAUCCACCAAGCCUGCUUUGUUUUUAGAAACUGGGUCUUAGUAAGUUGUACAGUCUGGCCGCCAGCUUACUAUACAGCCUCUAAUGUUCCAUCUUCUUGCAUUUGGAGUAGAUUAGAGGUAUGCAUCACCAUGCCCUACUGGCAGUUUUGUUUUGGUUGUUU